AUGGCAGUUGAUACGGAUCACUCGAGCGAUGAGGGCUCUCAGAAACGCCGCAAUGUCCGCCAGCGCGCCCAGCAAUGGAUGACCAAGGGGGCCCUGGUGCAUGAGGACUCUGACGAUGAAUUGGGCGACGAAGACCACCCUUGGGACUGGGUCUAUGCUGUUGAAAAGCCUGAUGUCAAGGAAGAUCCUGAGACAAGCAAGGCCAGCCCCGAAAAAUCUCGCCGACGACGGUCCUCCCGCCCUGCGAAGAAGGGCCCAGCAAUCGUGGGCGCACGGAUGGGUUCGUUCGAGUGCAGAUUGGGCGACGUCGUGCUCCUCAAAUCUCCCGAGAAUGGCAAGGACUGGGUCGGAAUCAUUACAGAAUUCCUGGAGGAGGAAGACGACGAGGAAGAGGGGGAGGUGAUCAAGUCGGUCAACAUCAUGUGGUUUGCCUCGCCGGACGAGUUCAUGUCGACAAGAAACAAGCGGAGACCGGAUGCAUUGCCCAAUGAACAAUACCUUACGGCCGAUUUCAACGUCAACCCAGUCACGUCGAUCAACGGCAAGGCGACGGUAAUGUCAAAGGAUGCCUUCUUCGCCAAAUACCCGAACGGAACACCCCCCAAGGAUAAGGCAGAACAUGCUGAGUUCAACAAGUGCAUCGUGUGCCGUCGAGGCGUCAACCAAGUGCAAGGUCGAUACACGGACGAGUUCAACUGGGAGCAAGUGUACGGAGAGCGUAACAUCCAUCAACUCAUCAGCAUGGUGAAAGACGGCCUGAAAGCGGCUCGGAAGAGAAAGGUGGCAGAUGACGAAUAUGUUGAUACCAAGGACGAGACUGCAGCCCCAUCCACGCCGAGGAAACGACAGAGAAUGGCUGCAACCAACACAACACCCAAGACACAGCGCAAGAAGGCGUUGACAACACCAUCGAACAAACGAAUUGUCGUAAAGAAGCCUCUUGAAUUCACCCCGCUGGGCACUCGCGUCCUCGAGCCAUCUCACUUCGCCUCGCCCUACCGGCAAGCACGUACACUCCUGCACGUUUCGACGGUCCCACAAUCACUCCCCUGUCGAAAGACCGAGUUCGAUACCGUCUACAAUCAUCUCAGUGCUGCUAUCAUGGAAGGCACUGGAGCUUGUAUCUACAUCUCAGGUACGCCCGGUACGGGUAAAACUGCAACUGUGCGAGAAGUUGUGGCCCAGCUCAAUGGUGCCGUACUUGCAGAGGAGAUGGAUGAUUUUAUUUUUGUGGAGAUCAACGGUAUGAAAGUCACCGAUCCGCAUCAAUCCUAUUCUCUCCUUUGGGAGGCAUUGAAGGGCGACAGAGUCUCUCCUUCUCAUGCGCUUGAUCUUCUCGAGCAAGAAUUCUCCAAUCCCUCGCCUCGCAGAGUCUCUUGCGUCGUCCUGAUGGACGAAUUGGAUCAGCUGGUCACCAAGAACCAGUCAGUGAUGUACAACUUCUUCAAUUGGCCUGCUCUUCGACACUCUCGUCUUAUCGUUUUGGCCGUGGCGAAUACUAUGGACUUGCCUGAGCGUACCCUGAGCAACAAGAUUUCCAGUCGUCUCGGUCUCACCCGUAUCACAUUCCCUGGAUAUCGACACACCGAUUUGAUGGAGAUCAUCAGCACCCGUCUGGCUAGUGUUCCAGGCAACAUCGUUGAUCCCGAUGCCAUUCAGUUUGCUAGUCGAAAAGUUGCUGCUGUCAGCGGUGAUGCUCGUCGCGCCCUGGAUAUUUGUCGACGUGCCGUUGAGAUUGCCGAACAAGAAGCCGAUGAAGCCGCCAACGCCGCCUCAGCGAGCAACGACCCUGCAGAUGACGUUCCUCCAACUCCGAGCAAGACUCCUGCUCGCCGGAACAAAGCGCUCAUAGAGAAGGGAGCAAGUGAUUCACCGGCCCCGAAACCUGCCCCUGGCAAGGGUCAGCCUGGCCGAGUCACAAUUACAACCAUCAAGCAAGCGAUCCAGGAGGCAACAUCUACACCCCUUCAACAAUCCCUGCGCUGCCUACCUCUUUCUGGCAAGCUUUUCCUCGCUGCCCUGUUGGCAAGAGUGCAACGUACUGGAAUCACCGAGUCUACCUUCGGUGACGUCCUUGACGAAGCCCGUCGUAUCGCUGACGCAGCAGUCGCCGUCGCCGGCGCAGCUGGCGCUGGCGUCAAAGACUUCCUACUCGGAGGAGGUGCUGCGUCGCGGGUGCGAGCUCUAGGCUUCGCCGCCAUGGAGCUCAUGAACUCUGGCGUUCUGGCUCUGGAACAAGGCUCUGGCACGAAGAACGUGUUGGGUGGCUCUACGAUUCCUACCCGUGGUGACCGGAGCAGCAAGAUUCGGCUCCGUGUUGCACCGGAGGAUGUGAAGAUUGCAUUCCGCGAGGAUGUAGAGGCGAAGAGUUUUGGUAUGGGGAUUGAGCAGUAG